ACAGGUUUAGGACAUGAUUUUGCCGGCGAAUCGUGCAAUUUUUUUCUCCAUUUUUCAUGUUUAUCGUGCGCAGUUAGUACGUCCGUUUUGUGUGGAAAAGAUGACUACGCAAAGUAAAUGGAAGGUUGAGAAAAACAAGAUUGCUAAUUUGCCUUUGGAGGAGAAGAGGAAGUUAUAUAAACCGGGCGACUACAUAAUCCUUGACAAAGUCGAUCCGUGGUGCAAGUUUGUGAUCAAAAAUCGCGAUAUUGAGAUGUUGAAGCACACCUUGGAUGACCUUACGGAGUUCCAGAAGAUUAAACUUGACCCUUCUAAAGAUAAAGAGCUCUCUGAGAAGGUGUCAAUUUUCCAAGGAGAUAUCACAAAGUUGGAGGUAUACAAAAUACAAUCUCACGUUAAUUGUUUAUUUCAAUGUUAUUGCUAAAGGAUUUCCAAACUU